AUGUCUUGCUACGACCUGUGCCUCACCACCAACGGCGGCAUCGCCCAGCCCCAGCCCAUCGCCGACAGCUGCAACGAGCCCUGCGUCCGGCAGUGCCCCGACUCGACGGUCGUGAUCCAGCCACCCCCUGCGGUCGUCACCUUCCCUGGCCCCAUCCUCAGCUCCUUCCCCCAGCAGUCCGUCGUGGGCUCCUCCGGAGCACCAGUCGUUGCAGCCUCCCUGAGCUCUGGGAGCUCCUCCCUGGGCUAUGGGGGCCUGAGUGGCUAUGGGGGCUAUGGGGGCCUCUAUGGGGGCCUGAGUGGCUAUGGGGGCGUCUAUGGCUAUGGGGGCUCCUCCCUGGGUUACAGGGGCCUCUAUGGCUAUGGAAGAUCCUAUGGGGCUGGAUACUGCAGCCCCUACUCCUACCGGUACAGCAGGUACCGCCGUGGAAGCUGCGGGCCAUGCUAA